AGAUUACUCGAAUCAGAGCUCGUAUGUCCUUUCCCGGAUUCCGUAGGCAUUCCUUCACUGUCAGUGUGCGGAGACGGCUUCGGUAAACCCCCAAAUCCUGCUCCAGCUGUACAUUAUGGAAGAGAUUAAUAACGUUGAAGUCGUUCCGUGCACAGAGUCCGAAUACCUGAAGCCGUUCCGGGUGCUCUACAAUCAGAAUGGCACAAAGAAAUCCUGGGACUUUAUGCAGAGUCACGACAGUGUAUCUGUGCUGCUCUUCAACACCACCUCUCACUGUUUUGUCCUCGUCAAGCAGUUCCGUCCAGCUGUUUACAUGUGUGAGUGGGAAAAGGCCAAGACGAAGACUUCUCAGGGCGCCGAGAAGACCGAAGAGGGCGACGCCUCCGAAUCUCAAGAGGGCCAGUCGGCCCCGGCCGAGGAGAGCUCUCCUUCGUCCCCGUGGCCCCCGGCCUCGGCGGGGGUCACCUACGAGCUCUGCGCUGGCCUGGUGGACAAACCGGACCUGUCGCUGGAGGAGAUCGCCCGGCAGGAAGUGCUGGAGGAGUGUGGCUACGAUAUACCAGCCUCCAAGCUGAAGAGGAUUACUUCAUUCAGAUCAAGCGUGGGUGUAAUAGGUUCGAAGCAGACCAUGUUUUACGCCGAGGUUUCCGACGACAACUGCGUGAGCGCCGGCGGAGGCGACCCGCGCGAGGGGGAACUCAUCGAGGUCGUCAAAGUCCCGCUGCACGAGGCCAUGACGUUUGCCUACGACGAACGUAUACCCAAAUCCCUGGGCCUCAUUUUUAGUUUCAUCUGGUUCCAUAAUAACAUGUCUCCCAAGUACAAGAUAUCCACCAAUGUGUAACUAACGUACGUUAGCCACUAUUUCUAUCAUUUACUGCAUAUUAAAGUCACACACUGGUCCGGCACACCCUCUGCUCCCUCACUGCUCAUCAUCCUGUGUUGCCUUUUCUGCUUAUUGGUACACAAAGCAGGGUGGGCUCCUUGUUUUGUCCUCAUCACUUCUUUUUUUAAAUUAUUUUUUAUGUAUUUUAAUAAUUCUCCUGUGAAGAACCAGUUUGGUGCUGGUGCAUCUUCUCUUAAAUCAAAAUUUUUAUAUGCUAAUUAUUCAUUUUUCAUAUGCCAUCUCUUGUUUAUGGCUUCAUAUCACUCUUCAUAUUUGCCUGCACAAUUAAAGGAAGGCUCUGGCGCUUUUGGAUGUUUUCUAUUUUACAUCAUUGUAGCCAUUUUUAGGUAUUUUAAUUAGGCCUGUCACAAUAACAAAUUUUGCUGGACGAUAAAUUGGCCCACAAGUUAUUGCGAUAAACGAUAUUGUUUUUUGAGACCAUUUUCAAGUAAUAUAAUGGCAAAUAUCAUUAAGCUUUAAUUUUGUAUGAACAUCUAACACUAGAAAUGGAAAAUAUUUUAAAUAUCCAAAAUAAAUAAACUGAAAUGCCAAAUAAAAUCAAUUAUAAAGUCUCUUGUUUUUCAACAAAAAGAUUAGUUGAGACCAGACUCGAUACUUUUGUCAUCCAAUAUUUGGUCGAAAGAUCAAUAAACCAUAAAAAUGGAAAUUAUUGAUCUCAUUUUAAUGUGUCUUGUGAUUCAUUGAUUUAUUGCAACAGGCCUACUUUAAACACCUUUGUAAGUUAGGCAUGGGCUGGUUUGAGAUUCCCACCAGUUUUAUGGUAUUUUCGCCAAAACUGAAAGCAAAAAAUGUAUAAAGAAAUUUUACUGCUUCUGCUUGAAACUGAAAAACACCAACGGCUGUUACAACUUCUCAAAUAACACUGAAUAUUACAGUGAUGAUUCUUAUACAUAAAAUAACUGUUUAUUUUUCACGACUGGAAACAUUUCCACAUUUUGUUGCAUGUGAAGAAAAGUCAAGAUAACUGUCAGUGUUUUAGCAACAUGUAGGGGAGGGGAAGUGCUGCAUUAGCUCAACCUCUGCUGAAAAAAUGGUGUAACCUUGGAUUACGGUAACGAUAACUGGCCCAUGCCUACAGUAGAAGGCGGUUAAACAUCUCAAUAAUGCAAAGACUCACCAUUUAGAAACACUUUCCCAUUCAUAAGUACCUAAAAAGCAACAUUUUAACACUGAAUUUAACCCACAUUUACCCGGCAUUCACCCUGAAUCUGAACCGGACAGCAGAGAAUCACCCAGUUAUGCAAAAACACCAAGGCGUUCAGGCAAGCCAUAUGUAAUUCCUUCGAUCCCUGUCCUUUAAGCAAUAGCUGUUCUACUACCCAAUGCUGAAAAAUCUUUUACUGACCUUGAAAUUAGUGCCAGUUGAGAUCUAAUCAACCCUCAAUCACACAGGGAUAUCGCACCCAACUUUACUCUGAGGGUACGGAAGCACAAUCAUGCUAGAAAAUUAUGUACAGCAGAAUUUUUUGAAUAAAAUAAAAGCUAUAUAUGUAUUUUUCUUUCCUUCUUUGCUGAUGACACGCAGUUUAAGCUCUAAUAAAAUUAGGCUCAUUAACACUCAGAUCCACUCUUAGCAUCUUUGUUUUAAAAGUUACCUACCCUUGUAGAUGAUUAGUAAGAUGAAUGGAGCGUUUUUCUUUUCCAUGUGAACUUUAGGAAGACAUUAAUUAGCAUUUCCAAAAAGAACAUUCUUUCUACUCACAAGUUACAAGAAAAACCUCAAACUCUCAUAAAUACACAGCUAAUCUCUGAACAUCAGCAAAUUGCUAAAUCUCAGGUCCAACUAUUUCAACCUUAUACUUUUAACAAACCUUUGAAUGUGACAAUGACCAGCAUGUCAUUAUUUAUAAUCCUGAAGCAUCCCAUUUCAGAAUCAUUUCCAGCUUGUGUAUCCGGAGACAUCCGAGUGUCCUCUGUAUUUUCAUUAAAGAAGGGCUGGUACUUCAUUAAUUAUUUCAUGUGUAAAAACAAAAUAACUCCCACACAGAAGUGUUAAAAUAAUAUGCAAGACCUGAAACAACGGCCAUAGUGUUUGUGCAACACAGCGAUGUUCGUGUAGAGCAGAUGACGCGUCUCGAAAUGAGGAAAAAGGCAAAAUCAAGUAACUGAUAGGUUGUUAAAUACGGUGCCACAAGAAUGCCUUGGGAGAUAUAAGGCUGUGUGAAGUGCAACGUUAAAAACACUUAUUAGAAAUCAUUUAUUUGGUGAUUGUGUUUCUAGGAUGUUGUACACAAAAACAAGACCAACAUUAGCUAAGCCUAAUGUUGAUUUUAAUUCAACAAUUGUAGUUUUUAAAAAAUAUAUAUUUUUCUGCUUUGUUCAUUGAGUUUCCAGCUUUUUAGCAACAGCUGAUGCAGCACAAAUUUCUCUUUAUUUACAUAAAAGGAUAGCUGAGUCCACAAUUAAUUAGAAAAGCAGACCACUAAACCCUACUUAAAAAUAAAGUUUAGGCCCCACUUGGUGUAGUGCGCCACAGCAAAGGGAAAAUAAUGCAGAAAAACCGUUGAACAACUCAGAACCACUUUUUUUUUUCUUGCCAUAGCAACCGACAACAACGGCACCUUACGUUUCAGAAUUUAACACCAACAAACACGCAAAUAUUUCACACACAGCAUUCAGUCUGUUACAGUUUUAUGUUUUUAUUGUGAUAUGUCAGAGCUGGUGUUUAGGUCACUUUUUUUAUUUUGUAACUGAGCCGAAACGCACAGAUGUCCGGCGUCGCAUCCACAUGUUAAGAUCGUCAAACUCAAGCUAGCAUAACUGAACUACUUCCCUCUCCUUCGCUCAUUUUUUCGGGAUUAAAAUUUUUCCUAACAUUGUUAUCUAGUUGUUGUAGUGUUGAUAAUUGGUAGCAAAGCACUGCGUCCCUUUUUCUUUUAUAUAUCAGGCAUACAUUUAAGAUUUAGCACUUAUAUUGCCAACGUAACAGCUAAAACCAACGGUAGUCAUCGUAAUGUCCGACGUUUGUGCCGUUUUCUCUCACCAUUUAUCGCCUCACCUGCAUUUUAUGCUUAUGGCUCCUUAAGACGCAUCUCAUUCACUAAUGUAAAUUUGGUAGCAAAACUUUGUAGUGUGCUGACAACAUGCUAGCUAAUGUUAAAACGGCAAGAUGAUUGCAGGUAACCAUGGAAACCAGUGAGUUUAAAGGCUGUACGGCUCUUGCUGCAGUCAGGUUGCGUGCGUGUUCGCUGCGUUUACAAAUGAUCCCUCUGUAAGUGGGACGUUUCCGCACCUCCACCAUCAGUUUCAGACCCAAAGAGGAGGAGCAAACUCCGUCAGGAUCGUUGGCUUAUCAGCAUUGAUGCAGGUAGAUUGAUAUUCUGGACGAGCAAAAGCGACACUGCCAAUCAGGAUUUCGUGCUCAAAAUCUGUUUUCUUUCCCAAUCAUGAUGAGCGGAUCACACAAUAACUCUGAAUGCUGAUUGUUAUUUAGAAACUGUGAUCCGGUUAUCGUACAAAGGUUUAUCAACCUCAUAGGCAGCUGCUUGCACUUUUUCUCAUCCUCUUCACAUUGAUGACAACGAAUAGAUUUUACAUUUUAACUGCAAGCAAACGACUCCCAACCCUUCUUGUCUCCCAGCAACCUAUGCGUAAUUUGGAGGUGUGUGUUCUUCACCCGGGAUAAUGCCUUGUACACACAUAGCCAGGUCUUCAUAAAAACAAAUAUCUCUGCCACGUACAAACAGGAUCAGUUUCAGAAAGGGUUUUCAUCCACAUGAACUCACACAAGUAUGUGACUCAGUGUUACUUUAAAUAUGCCAAACCUAUAGGGGGCAGUGUAGCGCAAAGCUAAAACCUACAUCAACCAAUCGGAUUGCUUCAAAACAAUUUCCUGUUACGAAUUAAACAUUGCGCCAGGAGGUUUGUGUGGACAGAUAGAUACUUUUAACUAGCGUAUUAGAAUAUAAAGUUAGUCAAACACAACACAAUGUUGAUUGGGUGUCAUGUCAAAGCAAGUAUGUAGAUAUAUUGGCACAUUAUUUGGUGCAGACUGUAACGCCCAUGACCCUAAAUCUUAUGCAAGCACGAAUACGGAGUUUUCUCAAACCUCCACCUUGGUCUGAGUUUUUUAAACAGUUUUUAGUGACCUUAAUCUGAGUUUUUGUUUGGAUGAAAGGCUAAAACACACAAAUUUAUGAGUUUUUCCAGAUAUCUGGCUAUUUGUGGACAAGACCUUUGUUGUGAAUGGAGCCUAAGUGGUUUUAGUUUUAGUUGUAAGCCGACAGAGAAGCGUUUCUGAUUUGUCGGACCAGUGGACUACCAACUCAUUGGUAGGAUGGGGAAAAACAGACAUCAGAUUUCAAAAUGUUUGCUUUGCAUAAUUUUUUUUUCAGAUUCUCGUUGGUUUAGCCUUAACAGACAUAGCAGUGCUUCUCCGCCCUGAAGUCUUACUUCUUUCUCAAUAGCAAUUAUACGUUUGAUUAGUUCCUAGUGCCAUUUAGUGAUUUAUAUGGAUUUACAUUUACAGCCGUACGUUGAGUCGCUGAGCUUCCAUCAGGAUAUUAUUUUGCAUUAAUUUUCUUAAUUGAUGACUUGUUUGUUCAUGUUCUCUAAAAAAGGAUUUUAAAAAUAACUUUAAAAUUAAAACUCUUAAGCCAGAUCACCUAAUAAGUCAAACUUCCUGAUACAUGUUGUAGAAACUUCACAAUCAGAAUCCACAACACGACGCGUUCAAAGAUGUCACAAUCGUAAGGCAGCUGUGAAUUUUAUUUCACUUUACAUUAUAACCAGCAAAAUAUUUUAUCUCACCUAAAAUUUACUUUAGAAAAAAUUAUGCAGCGUAUUAAAAUACAUAAAUAAGAAAAGCUAGAGCCAUAAGCCAUGAGAAGAAAAAUAUUUUAAUAGUAUUCACCUCAAAGUGCAAGUUUACUUCUGGUUUAACGCUAAUCUAGUCAUAUAAAAGCCAUUCAAAGGCCAGUCUGUAACUAAAUGUGCCUAUCAAAUGUGGACAAAGCUGACAUUAUUUUUAUGGAUGUGUUUUUAUUGCUGUGAGAACUAAACACCAGCUAAGUAGAAAAAGAUA